CGUGCUGUGAACUUCUACAGGAGAGAUGUAGGAGACUGGGCUCGAAGAUAUCUGAACUUGUUGUUCUGCCCAUCUAUGCCAACUUGCCCUCAAGACAUGCAGGCCAAGAUCUUCAAUCCCACUCCGCCUGGAGCACGCAAAGUUGUGGUGGCCACAAAUAUCGCAGAGACGUCUCUCACAAUCGACGGCAUCAUCUAUGUGAUUGAUCCAGGUUUCUGCAAACAAAAGAGCUACAAUGCAAGAACAGGAAUGGAAUCUCUCAUUGUCACUCCCUGUUCACGAGCAUCUGCCAAUCAGAGAGCAGGUCGUGCAGGAAGAGUGGCUGCUGGGAAAUGUUUUAGGCUAUGCACUGCCUGGGCCUUUAAACAUGAGAUGGAGGAGACCACCGUCCCUGAGAUCCAGAGAACAAACCUGGGCAAUGUGGUUCUGCUGCUCAAAAGUCUCG